AUGGGUUAUGCACAGCUUGUUAUUGGUCCUGCUGGUAGUGGCAAGUCUACGUAUUGCUCGAGUUUGUUCCAACACUGUGAAACUGUACGACGAUCAAUACAUAUUGUGAACCUUGAUCCUGCUGCUGAAAAUUUUGACUAUCCUGUUGCAAUGGAUGUAAGGGAACUCAUUUCUCUUGAUGAUGUUAUGGAGGAGCUUGGAUUAGGUCCUAAUGGUGGCCUUGUAUAUUGCAUGGAACAUCUUGAAGAUAACCUCAAUGAUUGGCUCGACGAGGAGCUGGACAAUUAUUUAGAUGAUGAGUACUUGGUUUUUGACUGCCCUGGUCAGAUAGAACUUUAUUCACAUGUGCCAGUAUUCCGGAAUUUUGUUGAACAUUUGAAACGGAGAAAUUUUAAUGUCUGUGUUGUAUACUUACUUGAUUCACAGUUCAUGGUAGAUGUGACCAAAUUUAUAAGUGGAUGCAUGGCCUCCCUUUCUGCAAUGGUUCAACUUGAACUACCUCAUGUCAAUAUCCUCUCAAAAAUGGACCUUGUGACAAACAAAAAGGAUCUUGAAGAUUUCUUGGAUGCAGAACCCCAAUUUUUACUGUCUGCAUUGAAUCAACGGAUGGCUCCUAAGUAUGCAAAGUUGAAUAAAGCUUUGAUUGACCUUGUGAGUAGUUAUAGCAUGGUGAGUUUUAUACCACUGGACUUGAGGAAAGAUAAAAGUAUAGAAUACGUGCUGGGUCAAAUUGACAACUGCAUUCAGUAUGGAGAAGAUGCAGAUGUGAAGGUUAGGGAUUUUGAUCAAGAGGAUGAUGAUUAG